GUGCCGGCGCGCUGCAGGCCAGCCUUGCCCAGCGCUUCCGCCUGGCGCGCGAGCGCCCGCAGGCCGCCAGGGGGUCCGCCGACCCCUGCGGCAGGGCGCGGAGGGCCUCGCGGGUCUCCCGCCGCAUGCCCCUCUUCACCAUCCCCGAGUUCACUGGCGAGGACCAGGGCGAGGAGCACCCCUGGGUGGACGCCAUGCUGCACGGCACGUGCUCGGCCGGGUCCGUGCUGACUGGGGGCCUGGUGCCAAGCGGCGAGCUGGGCAAGGCGCUGCAGACCGCCUUGGAGCCCGUCGCCGUAGCCUGCUCGGACACUGAGGGCCCUGCGCCGCAUUCGCUCGUCAGCGCCAGCUGCGCGCUACUAGAAGGCGAGGGCGAGGGCCAGGACGGCGCGGGCGAGAGCGAGGGCGAGGGCGGCGCCAAGGAGCCCCCCCACUGCCCGAGCCGCAGCUUGAUCCUGGACAGCUGCACGCCCCUGUACGAGGACUCCUGGGUCCCAGGCGUCGGCCCCGCGGCGUCGCGGCCGCGCCGCCCCGCUGGCAGCCAGCCUGGGACGCCGCCGCCGGCCAGCGGCGCGGCGCUGCCGCCGUGGGCGGUCAGCAGCCCGGCGCGGCUGCGGAGGGCCUGCUCCCUGAGGCAGAGGCCUCGCCCCGCCGAGCAGGGCGAGCAGGGCGGAGCGCAGGGCGGUGACUCUGGCGAGCAUGGCGGCGCGCCCGCGGGCAGGGCGCCGCUGUCGCUGCUCGCCAGGCGCGCGGCCGCCUACAGGGAGCCGCGGGCCGACAUCGCCGCAGAGGGGCUGUCGCCAGAGCAGAGGCGCCGGAGCCUGCUGGAGCCGGGGGGCGCGGCGGGGCAGGCGGUCGGCGAGACCGAGCAGGCCAGCCUCAGCAUCGCGAUGGGCAAGACGCAGAGCGAGGUGGUCGCCUCCCCAAGUCGCGAGUCGAUAGAGGUGCGGAGGGUGCGCUCCGACCCCAGCGGGCUCCCCGCGCGGGUGCGCGCGCUGCAGAGGGCGCCGGACCGCUCCUCCGUGCUCGCCGGCGGCCUGGUGCACUCCAGCCCGGGGCCCGCGGAGCCUGCGCGGCGAAGUCAUCGACGAGGGCCUGGUCUCCGAGUCGGGCCCGGACGCCGCCGAGUCGGGCGGCGACUCGGGGUCCACCUGCGAGGGCGGGCGCGAGGGCGACUCGGGGUCCGCCUGCGAGGACGACGCGGAUUUGCUGAUCUCGGACGCCCUGGUCGCCGUUGGCGCGCGACCGGGGGUGACCUGACCGGCGGCCUCACGAUAGGCCGACAGCGUCCCUGCUCGGCCUUCCCGUCCCUCCUCCGCCGCCUCAUCUUCUCUCUCUCUCUCUCGCUUUGUUUCCUCGUCUGCCUCUCCUGGGCGGGGCGUGCACCUCUGGAAGCCCUGGGCAUAGGGCAGAGGGCACGCCCACCACGCUGUCUUUUUUGUCUUGUCGGUCUCUCUCUCUCUCUCUGCCGAGGGUGCGCCCGCCCGCUGCACCCUGGUCGUCGAGCCCGCUGCUGGGCGUUUAUCUACAUACGCGCACGCCUGGCGCACUUCACCGCUUUCAGAUCACUGGCGAUGAUUCGUCUGGGGGCGCGGAUUGGACAAAUCACAUCGUCGGAUGUCCGGUCCCUCGUCUCCUGCCGUGUCGCCACGGCGACACGGUGGGACUGCUUUCGUGCCCCUGGGCCGGCAGAGGGCAAUCCACGGCGCGGUGCCUGCGAAGCACGUCCCAUCGGGUGCGCUUGGUGCUACACGUGUCCCAAUGGGUGCGUGCAGCAGCAAUGUCACAGAAGGGUUUCUGGAACCCGCCAUGUGAAGGUAGCUUUGCGUUCUGCAAUGCGGCCAGUCAACGUGUUUACAGCGCUGCACAGUUUCAAGGCUGUGCCGUCUGUGCCGCGUGUGCUGCGCUGA